AGGGAGACGCCGAGACAGAGACAGACUGAUCAUCACACCACCACUACCUUCAUCUCAACCAUGGCAGGACGUGUGGGAUUCGCCGUACUGGGCAACGACGUGGACCUGGACGAGCGGGCAGGGAGGAAGAAAGGUGACAAGAGCAAGCCCAAGAAUGAUGAGGUUAACAAAAAGACGGCUGGAAACAAGCUGCCCAAUAAGAAGAAGAAGCCUGCUGCUGGUGUUGCUGCUGCUGCUGAGAUAGGGCAGCAGCAACAAGGGCAUGCCAAAAGUAAAGGCAAGAAAAAAUGUGGGAAAGCCACAGAUGGUGUAAAUGGAAAUGAUAAAGAAGCGCAAGCAAAAUGUAAUGAACAGACGAACUCUAGACUGGAUGAUGACUGGCAGCGGAGAGAUGAUGAGUUUGUUCGCGAUGAGAAUGAAAGGUGCUUACGAGAAGCCAUGAUGCUGUCCAAACUAGACUUUGAAGAAAAGAAAGACUUUUAUGCACAAAUGAAGAAGGAACAGCAAGAUGAUCAUAAAGGAGGGAAAGGAAAAAAGAAGAAAGACAAGCCACUAACAAUGAGUUUAGACCAAUUCAAUAGUCUCCGUCCAGACCAGCUGACUGGGAGACAUGAACCUGAAGAGGCAGAAAGAAUUCCUUCGGAACCAAUACAAGGUGAAGAGAAGUUUUUUGAAAAUAUAGAAGAGGCAGCAAGGAAAACCCUGGAGAGGGAAAGUAGACAUGAGAACUACAAGGUUACAGCAGGGCAGUUUAAUCAAACACUACGUGCCUCCCAGUAUGAAGCUGAAUUAGAGAAGAGGGACUUUGAAAUCCAGGCACUAAGGUUAGAAGUUGAUUCCCUGAAGGAUGACCUCAAACUGGUCAAAGGUAGAAAUAAAAAGUUAUGCGAGGUAAUAUCUGCAUCAGAAAUGAAGAGCAAAGCAGAACUUGUAGUUGAAUUAGAUAAAAUGACCAAAGUCCGAGAUGAACUAACUCAAGAAGUCUUAAAUCUUUCGGCACAGUUAGAGCAAGAGAGAUCUAAAGUCAAUAUACUUACUCUUGAUGUUAAGAAAGCUCAUGGCAAAAAGAAGCAGAAUGCAGAAGCAGGACACAAGGAAUAAGAGUUUAACUAUGUUUUUUUCUGUAAACAUUCAUGUGGUAACAAUUUUUGUAAAAUGAAGUUCUCAAAUAAAAUUGAUAUUGUUAGGGGUUUGAUG